ACUCUUUCCCUUCAUCACCAACAAGUACCAAUUAGUAAACUUAUCUCUCCUAGUUUUUAUUCUAGUUUCAAUAUAUAUUUAAAAGUCUCUUGGUUUUACUCAGAGAAUGGCAAAGGGAUUAAUAUUGGGAGUGAUAUUAGCUUCGAUGUUGGCCGCAUGCAUGGCCAACAGGGAUGGGAGGUUCGGUUUCAACUACACAGAUUGGCUUCAAAAACAUCGCAGCUGGUAUGGUCAACACCACCCAAACAAAACCCAAGAGGUUUCCAACAAGAUUAUCGUAGGUGGCUCUCAACAUUGGCGCUUCAACUUUAGCUACACCGAUUGGGCUUUCAAGCAUGGCCCAUUCUAUCUGAAUGACGUCUUAGUUUUUAAAUAUGAUCCACCUGUGGGCAAGAACCCACACCCACACAGCGUGUACCAGCUGCCCGACUUGAGGAGCUUCAUCCAGUGUGAUAUGAGUAAGGCAAAGAAGCUGGCAAACGCGACACAAGGCGCGGGUGAGGGAUUUGAGCUGGUGCUGGACAAGUGGCAGCCCUACUACUUUGCCUGCGGUGAGAGCAAUGGCUUCCACUGUGACAUCGGACGCAUGAAAUUCUUCGCCAUGCCAAUGCUUCGUGCGUGGUCGUGGCGCCGUACUUAACUUGGUCAUCAUGCAUGGACGAUGGAUCUACUUUCCACAAAGAGCUAAUCCAAGUUUUAUCAUUUUCACUUGAUCGGAGAGUCUUCAUCCUUUAGAAGUUAAUAAUAUUGAGCAAUUAAUAAUAUAUAUUGUUCAAUAAAUUAAUUGUAAGUUUUUUUUAUCAUAUUUUAAUCCUAGUUUUCUAUGAUGAAGUUUAUUACGUACAACUCGUUUGCUCAAUCUGUUUCCCACUUAGUGUAUGUGCACAAUAUAUAACAUUUUAUACACAUUUUUUAUUACUUGGAAUAAAAGUCCAAACAAAUACUCCUUAA